AUGUCUGACGGGCAUGUGCCGUCGAAUGUUGCCGUGGCAAAACGACGUAGGCAAGAUGACGACCUCGGACAGCGCGAACCUCUGCCUGUGGACGUCGAAGAAGUGGUGGAGGGACUAAGGGAACAGAUUGAAUCGCUUCGUCAAACGAUGGUUAAAAUUAGUGAUCCGAAAGAAAGAGAUGCGAUGGAUGUGGUGACUGGCCGCCUUGUGACGCAAGAAAAGCAGCUCUCUGAUACUCGCCGACAACUUGCUGUCACUCAGCGGAACUUCGAAGAAACGCAGGCGAAUCUUGCGCUCCGCACGGCCGAGUUAGACCAACUUGCCAGAGAUCGCGAGUCCUUGUCGACCAAGUGUGAGAAAUUGGAAGGAGAAAUUGCAGCCGCUAUGGGGACAAACACCCAGCUCAAACUGCAGCUCGUCGCCGUGCAAGAAAAACGUCCCUCGCGUGUGUCCGCAAGGGUGUCGCCAUUACCUGUAUUCAGCAUCGACUCCACACCCUCUGCUUCGACGUCUUUUGUUGCCAUGGAUGAAGACGGGGAAGAUACGCCGCCUACCCCUGUGGCAGGUGUACGGGGCCUCAGACGUGAGAUGACUGAGGAAGAGCCUGCUCCGGAAAACAUUCGCCGUGAUCGCCGGGCUAAGGAACGCCUUCAGGAGGAGUUGGUUGCGUUGCGGGAACGAUAUCAGCGGUUGGAAGACGAGUAUCGUAAGGCGGAGGAGAGGUCGCGUAUGCUGCAGCAGAGUGGGGACAGGGCUGUCGAGAACGCUACAGCGGAGAUGGCCACUCUCAAAGCACAAUCUUCGAAGCAGUCAGAGCGGAUGAGCAUCCUGGAAACUGAAUGUCAACGACUGCGAGAUCAGUUGCACGCCGCAGAGUCAGAGCAACAAUCAUUGCGACAACAAGUAGAAGAACAGUCGCAAGCCGCAAACGAGAAUCAGAAUGUCGCAUUUUCCGCACAGGAAGAGAUGGUGAAAGCAAAUAGGGAAAUCGCGAGUUUACGCUCGCAACUUAAUGGAGUUUCGACACAGCUGCAGCGAAUCCAGGCCGACGCUGAUAUCGUGGUCUCGGAACGCGACGACCUGCGAAGACAGGUGAUGGCUGCGCGUCACGAACGAGAUGCGGCCGAGGAAAAACUCGCUGGCUUGGACCAGCAGUUCAGCGAGCUACAGGCAAAUCUAGGUCGUUGGGAAGCGGAAGGGUCCCGUGAAUUGGCUAGCCUGAAAGAAGCCUUAGAGAAGGAGUCACAGAAAGUCGGUGAACUCAAAAGGGAACUCGAAGUCAGCGCGGCCGAGUAUAACCGUCUCAAAAAUUCUCUUGAACGAGGGGAUGAGACUGCGCGAUCGAAAGUUCAACAGCACAAAGAUCAGCUCGCGGAACUCCGAUCUGAACAUGAAGCCUUAUCAGCUCAAUUCCACAAUGUUCAACGUGCGGAGCAGGAAGCCCAGAAUCGCAUAAAUGAACUCAUAGCUCGGCACGCCGAGGAGCUUUCGAAGGUGGAGGAUGAGCACGUGACGAAAGAAAAGAAACUGGAAGAAGAAUACCGUGCGGCCAAUGCAGAAUUGUUAUCGCAGAUUGCUAUCCUCCAGAGACGCAGCGACGACUCGGACAUCGAACGGAACCAGCUGUUGGCCGAUGCGACAGCAGAACGUGACCAAUUGCGAGCAGAUAUAGAGAAAGAGCGUAUCCAAUUACGGACCCAGAUGGAGGAGGAGCGCGCUCGAUUGCAAGGGGAGAUGGAGAACGAGCGUACCCAAUCACGGACAGAUAUGGAGGAGGAGCAAAACCGAUUGCAGAAGAAGAUGAACGAGUGCGCCCAACUGCAAAACGACCUGGAGGAGGAGUGCACCUGGUUGCGCACUGAGAUGAAGAACUUAUCCGAUCAAUGUGCAUUGAGCGUAGCCAAUAUCCAUGCAGCGCACGAAGACGAAACCAAACAGCUUGUUGCUAGCCACGAAGCCACGCUUAACGAGUUGCGCGAGCAGCUUGCAGAGGCCCGUGGUGCCCUGGACGAUGUUCGUGAAGUGGAUGCAUUCCUCGGAAACAGCAGCUUGAUGGACUUGGACGAUCCCGAGGACGAUCCCGUGCCGACCACCACGAGCAGGCCUGUAAUGUCCGAUGGUUCGCAAACAAUCGAGACACGCGACAGAGGUGGUCCCGAUGACGUGAACUUGCCGCCGAGCAGUAGUUCGCGGCUACUCGAUGCUUUGGACAAUUCGCGACGCACCAACCAGGAGGCAUUGCUCGAAAUCAAGGGACGCUUGCUGGCGUUGGUCGAUGACACACAAGACAUGAAAGAGCGUAGUCGGGAAGUGCAGGAGACGUUAGUUCGGAAUGGAGAACUGCACGAAAGCUUACAGCGUGUUACCAAACUAUUUGAAGCUACACAGCGCGAGCGUGACAGAUACGUCGAAAAAUUAAUGAAAGCUGAAGACGAACGCGCGCAAGCGCAGAAGGAACGAAAUGACAUGAUGGAAGAGGCGCGAGUGGCGAAGGAGGCGCUGAACGCGGCUCGCGCGGAGCUGGCAGCAGCAGAAAAGGCUCUUAAGAAGGCAAAGGAGGACUUGAAGGAGGCGAAGAACGAAGCGCGAAUGGCGGAGCAGGAGCUGAAAGACAUGGCGAUUGAGGACGAUCGGUACAUUGAGAGGGAGGAACUUAUGGCUUCGAUAGCGCAAAUACGUGAUAUGGUCAUGCGGACCAAGGAGGCGCUCGUUGGCCGAAGCCCUUCCCCACCUGAUAUAGACGACGAAACGGUUGCGGUGGUCGAUCUUCCCGGAGGACGAAAUCGGUCCGAAGAGAUGGAAACGAUCGCAAACUGUCAGCCUAUGGCGCUUGUUCUUGACGGGCUCGUCGAGUUCCUGAAGGAUGCCGCGGCAGGCCUUCCAGCUGCAAAUGUCUCUUUGGGCGGUGGUAAGGGCAAGGGAAGAGAGUCCGAUCCCUUGUUCAAGCCGGUCUUAUCACCUAUUGGCGAGGAGAUGACAUCAACGACGCCUCUUGGAAGCCCGCAAAACAUUGUUCUUCCGCAUGAUAUCCCGUCCUCAAGCGCCUCGGCAGGCCCAAAUGUCGUUGCCGCAAAAUUCACGACGACGACUCCCGUCGCUCCAGUUUUUGGUCCGCCCUUGGACGGUUCAGAGGCCCCUCCUGCUGUUCCGAGGACUCCAGUCGACCUCCAACUUAACAUACCAAGGACACCCCCUCGAGCAAGGACAUUUUCCCCAGCCAGUGAAUUGAGCCGCGACGACGCUCAGACCGUGAUCAGGAUGGUCUCCAUCAAACCAAGUCGGAUCUUGCCAAAGACUCAGUUGUUUGCGUCGCUGCCGACUCCACCAUCGGCGAAGGAAAAAAAGAAAGUUCGUCGCAGUACUCCGACGCGGAGUGCUUCACGGAGGGGCUCGUCUGCACCCAGCAGGGCGCCUUCUAUCAGCCUGUCUGACCGACCGCACCGCUCGAAAUCCAUCGAGCGCGAGGAUAGCGAGGAAGACGGAAGUCUGGGUGAAGACGAAGAUGACGAGGAUAUGAGAACCCUGACGCAGAAGCUCGAGCAUGAGAAGGCUGCCGUGCCCAAAGAAGCAAGACGGCGUCAUACGCAUUAUGUCAAACACGCCGUUCACAAGGUCUUCAAUAUCAAAGAAGACCUCGCCAUAGUGGGAAUUCAAAACAUUUCUGAAGAAGACAUGCGCAUCUUCAUGGACAGCGAUGGUCAUGAAGGCGGUCCCACCGAAGAGCGACUGGUUCCGGAUCUCGCCACGCUCGACUCGUUGUGGAAUAGGCGAUGGCUUGAGCUGAUGGUUAACAAAACCCGUGACUUCUUCCACUACGAAGGGGCCCCGCCUGAAGAUAUUCGGAGCAACGAGUACUGGGCGGACAUUGCGUGGACACGGCUUGGAACCCUUCAAACUAUCUGGCGCAAGCGGAGACUUCGUACGGACCCCGAAACUGGAAAGCAGGAGACGGUGGAGGAAGCCGUGAAACGUAUAGCGGAUGAGAGGUCAAGGGAAGCUAAAGCGCGCAGGCAUUACAACCUGCGUAAGGCGAAAUAUGAAAGAAGGUUGAAGGCCGCUGAUCAGAUAGUCGAAGCUCGCAAAGACGCUCCUGACGUGGAAAGCUGGCGGUUCAUCCGACGAAUGAUCGACUUGUACGGUCCACAGGGGAUGAGCUCGGAGGACAGUGGAGGCGAGGACUCGGAUGCCGAUAGCGACCAGGGGGGAAGGGAUUCCGACCCGAUACAAGCAAAGGUGUUCACAGUCAAGUGCAAUCCGUGGCGCAGAGACAUCGAGACUGAAUUGGGGGCGCUGGAGAAAAUGCACGCGAUGCUGGAGCAACCGAAAAGGAGCCAAGGCAGAGCUCAAGCGCCACGCGAAAGGCCUCCUCUCGAGGAACGCAAGUUGAGCAAGAGACCAGCAGUCCCUGGCUUGCCGCGCUCCUAUUACUCAGACGAUUGGUUUGAGAGCCUUUCCGUUGGCAGGAAGAGCGUGGUUCGUGCCAAGCUAGGGAAAUCAGAUGAGAAAUGGCCUCGCUUCACGUUCGUUGAGUAG